AUGGAUGUACGACUGUCUAAGUCAAAUCUUCCUAACGAAGGUGUCGUGAAUGUUAUUACCAAGUAUAGAAACUUCACCAUUUGCAACAACAGUCUUUUGCAUAAAAUGAAGACGACUAUUUGUAAACAACUUGGUUAUCCUACCGCAGCAUCUGGGGGAGGCUCAAUGUCACUAUCAUCUUUGAUGCAUCAAUCGUUUAUACCUGGAAUUGUCAAAUGUGAUGCUCGAGUGAACGAUUUAUCUCAAUGUGCUAUCAUUCGAAAUAAUGAUUGCUCUCAAUACUCAAAAUUCCCAGAUUCUUGGUUUACUGCCUUCCCAAAGAGUCGUAGUGCUGCUAAAGCAAGAAUAUCCAGUGGUAGUUCAUGGUGUGCUCCUGCUGCUAAUGGCAGUCAUUAUCUUCAACUGAAUUUUCCGAGUCUUUAUACAGUUAACGUUAUCACUAUCUUUGGAGACAGUUCAAGUUCAAGCUUUGUAACUAAAUAUCACUUGCAGACAAACAUUGAUGGUGUGAACUGGAAAUCUGAAAAAUCCCAGAAGAUUUAUCUAGGAAACAAAAAUGGUUACAAUGAUGCGGCUAUAGAAAAGUUUUCUGGUGGCCUUAAAUCCAAAGCUUUGCGAAUCUUUCCAUUGAAAUUUGUUGGUGCACCGUGUUUACGAAUUGAAAUUUGUGGUGGAGACUUACUCCCAGACAAACCAACAGAUCUCAUUGCAACCAAAUCUGCAUCGACGUACCUCGAGAUAUCAUGGAAACAUCCCAAAAAAACUGGUGUAAAACUUGGUACAAAUAUCUCGAAUCCUCUUACAAGAUAUCUAUUGAUUUUGCUGAAGGAUACUAUGAUUGUUUUCAAUAAAACUUUGGAGGUAACUGACAAAAAACCGUACAACAUUACGAAUCUUGUUCCUUACGCAACGUAUAAAGUUAAUGUAACCGCUGGCAAUUCUGAAGGCUUUGGUAGAUCAACUACAGCUACUUUUAGAACUGCUGAAGAUGUUCCCGAAGGUCCACCUUUAAAUGUUCAAAUUGUCGCCUUAAGCAGUUCAUCGUUAUCAGUUACGUGGGAGCCACCAGACAAGAAGAAAACAAAUGGAAAGAUAGUCAGUUACACUGUUUGUAUUACACAUUUGGAGAAUGAAACCUGUUCAAUGAAGUAUAUGAUCGAGGAACAGCGUUUGGACAUAAAUAAUGUGAAACCAGGGACAAAAUAUUAUGUUCGUGUUUUAGCUUCUACAAUAGUGGGAUCUGGAUGUUACAGCAAUGUUACAUGGGUAUUUACAAAUGGAUUGGCACCUGAACUGUCCACCAAGCAGAUUGGAAAUACGUUGACUUAUUUGUUGCAAAAUCCAAAUGUGGAAUAUCGAUAUUUCUAUGUAGUCGCGAUGAAAAAUGUCACAGAAGAGAGUCGAUUGCCUUCUAACUUUAACAACACAGACUUAGUGACUUAUUCUAAGGCCAUAUCUUCCACACAACCAAUGCCGUAUAUUGCUGCUGUAGUCUCUCGCAGAGACUUUAAGCCUGAUUUUACACUUGGUCAUGGUGAAACCACAACACAGCGUUCCAAUGGUGAAAAUUAUUAUAAUGGCCCUCUAAAGCCUGGCACUAACUACAAAAUAUUUCAGCGCGUUUUCAUAAAUGAUGAGGGUGAUUAUUAUUCCACUGACUGGAGUCCAGUGGCAGCAACUGCCCAAAAGCACAAGUCUGAAAGACAUGACGUUUUGUGUUUGCUUUCAAUAGCAUAA